GGCCCCCCGCCGACACCGGUGAGGGCGGCGGCGGCGGGGGGGGCUUCGCGACCGGGGCCGCGCCCGCCGACCCCCGGUCCGAGCGCCGCCGCGCGGCGGGCGGGCAACGGCACCGGGAGAGGGGAGUCCGGCACCGGGAACCGGCAGCAGGGCAUCCCGCACCGGGCACCGGGAACGGGGCAUCCUGAGCCGGGAAACGCGAACGGAGCAUCCUCCACCGGGCGCUGGGAACCGAGAGCAGGUUCUGCACCGGCUCGUUCUGCUCUGGGAACGGGGCACCGGGAACGGGGCAUCCUGCACUGGACACUGGGAAACAGGGCACUGGGAACCCUGUACUGGGCAUCGAGACCUGGCAUCCAGUACCGGGAGCUGGGCGCACGGCAGAAGGUGCCGGGUCUGGAUGCCCAGGGCAGGAUUCCCAGUGCCCAGUUCCUGGUGCAGGUUGUCCUGGCAUGUCCUAGGUUGUUCCCUGGCACUGGGAACUGGACACCUGGAAUGAAGCAUCCUGUACUAGCACCUGGCACUGGGAACAGGGCAGCCGGACCUGGCACCCUGCACUGGGAAACUGGUACUGGGAAUGGGCACCCUGCACUGGGAAUCAGACACUGGGAAUGGGGCACCCUGCACUGGGAAACUGGCACAGGGAAUGGGCACCCUGCAAUGGGAAUCAGAUCUGGGAAUGGCCACCUUGCACUGGGAUCCUGGUAUUGGGAAUGGGCAACCUGAGCUGGGAUCCUGGCAUUGGGAAUGGGCACCCUGUGCUGGGAAUCAGACACUGGGAAUGGGGCACCCUGCACUGGGAACUGGCACUGGGAAUGGGCACCCUGCACUGGGAUCCUGGCACUGGGAAUGGGCACCCUGUGCUGGGAAACUGGCACUGGGAAUGGGCACCCUGCACUGGGAAUCAGACAUUGGCAAUGGGGCACCCUGCACUGGGCACCUGGAAUCUGGCACUGGGCAUCCACACCUGACAGCCAGCACUGGGAACUGGGCACCCAGCACUGGUGAGCACGCACUGGGAAUGUGGCAUCCUGCUCCAGAACAUGCAGAAACAGGAAUGGGGCACCCAGCCCUGGGCACCAGACCAAGGGAGUGGGAUAUCCUGCAAUGGUACCGGGCACAGGAACUGGGCACUGGGAACCUUACCCUGGACAUCCAAACCUGGCACCCAGCACUGAGCACUGGAAACUGGGAAUGGGCACUUCCUGCAUUGGGAAUGUGGCAUCCAGCACCGGGCAUCUGGCACCUGGAAUCGGGACUGGGGGAUCGGGGUCAGAGCUGGAGGAGAAUGGCAAGAGUGGCAGCAAGAAACUGGACACCAUGACCCUGAUUAAGGAAGACAUGGACAUCUUCGGGCACUGCCCCGCGCACGACGAGUUCUACCUGGUGGUGUGCAACCACUGCAGCCAGGUGGUGAAGCCCCAGGCCUUCCAGAAGCACUGUGAACGCCGGCACGGCCCGCUCAGCAAGCUCUAUGCCCGUGCCACCACGUGCCACGUCGCCGUGAACGGGCAGCCGGUGCCUGGCAGGACCCCCGGAGCAGCCAAAGCCCUGCAGGAGAAGCUCCCUGGUGCCCGUGGGAGAGCCCAGCCCCUCCCUGAGCACACGGACAAGGACAACAACCUCUGCUUGUUUGUGCCCGUGGUGAACCUGGAGAAGAUUCCCAGCAUUCCCAAACCGGACGGGCACGGGAUCAAGGUGCCCCCCAAAGCCGUCCCCACCAACUCCAAGGAAUCCCUGGGGAAACCCGCGGCUGCCGUGGUGCCCAAAGAGCCCCCGGUGCCCGCCGGGGUCGGGGGGGAUUCGGCCAUGCCGGAGAGCGUCCCUGCUCCGGGGGACAAGGAUGUGGGGGCCCCCAAAGCGCCCCCCAGGUCCCACAGGAAGCUGGCGCGUAAGGAGUGUGACCUGAACCGGCAGUGUGGGGUGCGGAACCCCGACACCAACAAGCUCUGCACCCGCCUGCUGACCUGCAAGAUCCACUCGGUGCACCAGCGCCGGGAGGUGCAGGGCCGGGCCAAGGAUUUCGAUGUGCUGGUGGCCGAGCUCAAGGCCAGCACCCGCCGAGGGGACCCCCCGAAAGACAGGAGCCCCCCUGAGAAGGACCCACUGCACCCUGCCCUGCAGGACACCCCCUCACUGCUGCAGCCCCCCAAUACCCCUCCCUGCCGAGCCAGGCUGUCCCACUGCUUGCACCCCCCCAGGGCCCGCCUUUCCUCUGCCAGUGACCCUGAGGAUGCUCCUGCCACCUCUGGGGAGGGGAACACAGGAGGCCUCCCUCUCCCCCUGCCCAAGGGGGGCAGCCGCGUGUCCAGCGAGGAGAGCGAGGAGGAGGGGGGCGAGGAGCCCCCCCGGACCCCAGUGCGCCCACCACGGCCUCAGGCGUUCUGCACCUUCGGGAGCCGCCUGGUGACCCCGGGCUGUUACGUGUUCGACCGACGGCUGGACCGGUUCUGCGCCGCGCUGGGCUCCAUGCUGGAGCAGCACCUCAGCGCACACAGGUGGAGGAAGAUCCCUCCAGCCGUCGUCCCCGCUCUUCACCUCCCCGCAGCGCCCCCCAGCCCCGCUGCCCCCCUUUACGGCCCUGCAGCCCCUUCCCCGCCCCUCCGGACCCUCUCGGCGGCGGGGGGCUGCCGGGUCCCCACCAGCCUCACCUACACCGUGGGGUCGCCCCCGGCGGCGGCCGCCUGCAGCCAGCCCGAGUGCGGGGGAGGGGGCACGCAGUCCAUCACCUCCCCCCUCCCCGCCAACACCCCCUCGCCCUCCUUCAGCAAACUGCCCCCCAGCAAGGCCAGCAAAUCCCCCCGGGCACGGGAGGCGUCCGGCGGGACGGACGCGGAGCCCCGGCCCUGGCAGCCCCCCGCCACGGCCGGCAGCCCCCCCUACAAACGGACCUGUUUGGGGGACAGCGUCAAGGGCAAAAAUCAGGGCUUGGCUCCCCCCGGCAAGACGAAACUCACCCCCCCGGCCUCGCCCUCCAUCGCCAUCCUCAACGGGACCCCGCGGGUGCGCCGGCCGCCCCCCGGCCAGCCCUGCCGUGCCCCCCCCGCUGCCCUGGACCCCCAAACGCCGCCGCUGCACGGGCUGGGGCUGGGGGCCCCCCCCCGGGGGCUCUCCGAGGAUGAGGUGAAGAAGCGCAAGAACGCGGCCACCUACUGCCGAGCCCUGAAGGCCAAAGCGCCCCCCCUGCCCGGGCCCCCCGCGCCCCCCGGCUCCGGCAGCUCCGGCUCGGGGGGCUCCGUCCGCAGGAAGAAGCCGGGGACGCCCCUGGGCUUCGAGGAGAAGAGGAGCGCCCUGAAGUCCAAAGCCCAUUAACAGAGGGGUCACCGGGGGCCCUGCUGUGUCCUCCCCACCGGGAAACGCCAGAAAACCGAUGAAGAGGGAAAAAAAAAAUCCCAAGGAAACACGAAGGAAAAAUCCCAAACUUCCAGAAAAUACCUCAAAACUCUCAGUUCUGUUCUCUUGCUGCUAAACCAGCCCCCGGAGGGGGGGGGCGGCUCUGGGGACCCCCCCGGACCUCCCGGGGCCCCGUCGGCCGCGGAUAUUUAUA